GACCCCACCUACGUUUCUGAAGCUGAUUGGACUCGCGCAGAUACACAGCUAUGAUUUAAUAGACAGAUAAGUGGACACAUCACUCUGUCCUCGCGGAUCUCGUCGCUGCACUGCUAUCCGUAUCAUCGUUUCGCUCUCACCACUAAGCAUCCGCACCCGGGCGCGCGCACGGUCUUCUCCAACUGUCUCUAACAUAAUAUUCAAAUUCGAAUAUUACCACGUCGGAAAACAGCUUGUCUAGGCUACAGGUGGUGUUAAGAAGAUGAAAAACGGAUUGUUGCUGGUGGCUCUGUUCCUCGUCAUGGAACUCCGCUCAAGCCAGUCUAGCUGCGAGGAGCCUGGUGCUGGGACGCUCAGAUCAACUGCUGACUCAGAGGAUACUCCAGGUCUUGAAAAGCUCAAGCGGACCAUUCUGAAGAGAUAUAACGACCUUGAUUAUGACAGCUUCGUUGGGCUGAUGGGGAGAAGGGGCGCUGAUAUUUAUGAACUACCUCCCUCUCCACAUAAAAGAGAGAUGGAUGAUGUCUUUGUUGGGCUUAUGGGCAGAAGAAACUUGGAACAAGGUAACAUGCGUCCUUUGAGAAAGGAGGCGUACCCCGAGACAAGAAGAGGAGGCUUAUUAUUUAAUAAGUGCAGACUGAGGUGUGUGUGUGUGUGUGUGUGUGAGGCAUUUGCUCUCCCAUAUCCUUUAGUAGACUCCAUGCAUUUGAUGCUAUGCAGGUUUCCAUGUAUGCCUUAAAUACAGUAAAUGUGUCAGCAUUAGCUCAUCUCUCUACGUAGUACGCUCUUAGACAAAAGGUGGUAUCUCCAACUUUAAAGGGUUCUUCGGCUGUCCCCAUAGGAGAACCAUUUGAAGAACUGUUUUUGGUUCCAGAUAGAWCCCUUUUGGGUUCAACAUAGAACCCUUUCUACAAAAGGUUCUACAUGGAACCCAAAAGGGUUCUCCUAUUGGGACAGCAGAAGAACUCUUUUGGAAGCCUUUUUUUCCUAAGAGUGUAGAAUACAUUGAAUAACAAUAAGUUAUCAAGUGCUUCAUAUUUCCUCAUGUUCUGCGUUGCAUUAAGCAAUACUAGAAGCUUUAAAAACACAUUCAUGAAACUUUACUGAUUAUAAAUGUAUUACUAUAUAUCCACUGUUAUUGU